CGGACGAUAUUUCCCACGGGGCCACUGAACUUAGUUUUUUUCCUUGUCAUUAACGGUUCCGACAUCGAGUAGGCCCAUUACCCUAACUCACAGCGACCUCAAAGAGCUGGACAAGACACCCGAGCGCGAAAAGAAACGCUCAAAAUUCACUUGAACACCCAAUCAUGGCGCCGUUCACAAAACCCGAGGCCGUGCUCAAGCAAGCAGAGGGCCUCGUCUCUGUCGGUCAGUCUCAUGCGGCUCUUCAGUCGCUUGUAGAAAUGUUCUCUUCAAAACGCUUUCGUUCGACACCACUCACUACGCUCGAGCCAAUCGUGAUCCGCUUCGUCGAACUUUGCGUCGACAUGCGCAAAGGUCGCACUGCCAAAGAGGGUCUCAUGCAAUACAAGAAUAUCGCUCAGAAUACGAGCGUUGGAAGCAUUGAGGUUGUCAUCAACCGUUUUAUUCAGCUCUCAGAUGCAAAAGUCCAUGAGGCGCAGGAGAAAGCGGACAAAGUUACUGGACCUGUCGAUGUCGAUGAUCUUGAAGCAAGCGAAACGCCUGAGAGCAUUCUCCUGGGCGCAGUUAGUGGUGAUCAGAGCAAGGACCGCACGGAUCGUGCACUCGUCACACCCUGGCUCAAAUUCCUGUGGGAGAGCUAUCGUACAUCACUCGAGACUCUCAAGAACAAUGCUCGGCUGGAAGCUAUCUACCAGCAAGUUGCGCAGCAAGCUUUCCGCUUCUGCCUAAAGCACCAACGGAAAGUCGAAUUCCGGAGACUUUGUGAAACUCUCCGACUGCACCUUUCCAAUGUCGCAAAAUACGCGCAUCAGACACACGCUAUCAACCUAUCGGAUGCGGAGACACUGCAACAUCAUCUCGACACACGGUUCGCCCAGCUCAACACCUCCGUCGAACUCGAGCUUUGGCAGGAGGCGUUCCGCAGUGUUGAAGACGUGCACAAUUUGCUGACGAUGGCAAAAAAGGCUCCACGUCCGGCAAUGAUGGCGAACUAUUAUGAAAAGUUGACCAAGAUUUUCUUGAUGAGCGGAAAUGCGCUUUAUCAUGCUGCUGCAUGGGGUCGAUACCAUGCAAUUGUUACUAGCAUCGGGGGAAAGAGUGAAGAAGAGAUGACAAAGCUCGCCGGCCAGGUACUUGUCAGUGCCUUGGCUGUCCCUGUGGGCCUACAGGGUGAGGAUGAGGAUGGCAAGAGCAAGACAUCGCGCCUCACUGCACUUCUUGGUCUCACCAAAGCACCCACCCGCGCUGGGCUGAUUAAGGAUGCCCUUUCCCGUGAUGUCCUCCGUCUUUCCCCAGCACCCAUCAAGUCUCUCUACACACUCCUCGAAGCAUCGUUUGACCCCCUGACGCUCUGUUCAUCUACCGCCCCGCUUCUCGCAGAAUUGUGUGCACCGGAAACACCGUACUUCGGCUACCGUUCCCUCCUGGAACGUGCACUGCUCUCCCGCCUGCUUGCACAACUUUCUCAGGUUUAUUCCACCCUCACCAUCACCUCGCUCCUCGAACUCGUUACACCCCUCGAGGGGCUCGGCCCAGAACAGGUAGAGGCGUUCCUAAUGGGCUGCGCACGCCGUGGCGAGCGCAGCGUACAUGUGGACCACGCCACUGGCACCAUCACCUUCAUCGACGAGGGUUUCGUACUUAGUUCCGAGGACCCCAUCGCGUCCACGAGCACCAACACAGAGGCGAGCAUCCAGCCCAGCGCCGCAGAACUCGUGCGCACACGGCUAAGCACGCUCGCGGUCACAUUGCACAAUUCCCUUGCGGUACUGUACCCCCCGCCCCAGCUCUCCCCCGAGGAAGAAGAAACUGCGCAGCAGGCCAAGUUUGCGGAGCUUGUCGCGGCUGCGAACGCUGAGCGGCAUGCACUGUCGCUCCGCCGUGCACUUGUUGCACGUCGCCGCGAGCUCCUCUCUGAACUCUCUGCUCGCAAGGAGAAGGAGGAGGCCAGCCGACGUGCGGAGACGACCCGGCGUGAGAAAGAUGAGGAGGUGCGACGCGCCAAGCUCGAGAUGGCGAAGAAGGAGCGGGAGCGCGCACAGAAGGAGGUGGAUUCCAUUCGUGCAGAGGAAGCAAAGAAGCUCGCACAGACGCUGAUCAAGAAGGGCAACCUCAAAGUGUCGGUGGACGAAAUGGAAGAUCUAUCGACAGAUUCUCUCAUGCGCAUGCAAGUCGAACAGCUCGAGCGUGAAAAGAAAGAGCUCAACCAGCGUCUGCGCACCGCUGCAAAGCGGAUCGACCACAUCGAGCGUGCGUACCGCAAGGAGGAGCGGCCACUGGUUGCAGAGGACUAUGCGGAACAACAAACCACCGACCGCACGAUCUUCGAAACGCUUCAACGCUCACGCAUUGAGGGCGCUCGUCAGGCAUUCCAGGAGGAUAUGACAUCCAAGAAACGCCUGAGUCGCAUGAUGCAGGAUUACCUACAAAGGAAGGACUUCAUCAUAGCACAGCGAAGUGAAGAGCACACAGCCAAACUCGCGGAAUCCCACAAGAGAAUCGAGGAGGAGAAAGCGAAGAGGCGGGCUGCACAUCAGAAGAUGAAAGAUGAGGAAGAACGAGAGCGUGUUGAGGCUGAGAGAAUCCGUAGAGAGCAGGAGGCAGAAGUGGCUCGACUGGAAGCUGAGCAGCGCGCAGCCGAGGAAGAGGCCGAGGCCAAGGAACGGGAAGAGAAAGAGAAAGUCGCCGAAGCACGCAGGAUUCGGGAAGAGGAGCGUGCCAAAACUCAAGAGGAGGCAAGGAAACGUGCCGAACGCGAGGCCGAGGCUGAAGCACAUGCUGCUCAACGCCGCGCGGAGCAGCGCAACCCACCACCAGCACAACCAGCGCAACCAGCGCAGCCCCAAGGAACUUGGCGCCGUGGAGGAGCGCCUUCUGCGCCCGCACGUGCUUCCGCCGCUAUAUCCACUCCACCACGGGCUGAAAGCCCUCUUCCCACUGCUCCCGCUGCUGCUGCUCCUACCACAGGCGCAUACCGACCUGGUGCAUUUAGUGGCACCGCUGGAGGCUGGAGAGACCGCCAAGGGACGAGAGCUCCUGCUGCCGCACCCGCUCGAACUGCAUCUCCUGCCCCCCCUGCCCCUCUUGUAUCUCGUAACCCCCCGCCGCCUGAACCGAGGAGGAAUGAUGACGGAUUUGAGACUGUUCAGGAUAAGAAGGUGUGGAAACCCCGGAGACUUCAGGGUCAAGCAUAGAUACUGUAUGCUUACAUGUCACACCAUGUUGUUUUACCAUUAUAUGCAUCUAUUUCUAUCCAAUACCAUACAA